AUGGAUGAUUUCCUCUUCUCGGAACUACACACCUCACGAUACGAUCUAGCAAGAAGUACUCGCCGGGACUCUGAGCCUUCAUACCGCAUCCUCUCCUCUUCCCCCAAGCAGACCGAGCCUACUCUCCAGAAGAACACCGUCACUGCGGCAGGACUUGAAUAUGUGUCUCGUCGCCUUCCAACCUCCAGAAUGGGAAAUUUCGGUCCCUUCAACAGAGCGCCCUGCGGCUUCGGCCGAUGA